AAGCCCCUGAUCCCCGUAUAUGUGACAGUCCAGUCGGACUAGCUCCAGGCCUCCCACUUGAUGCGAACUCACAUGCCAGUUGAUGGGGAUGGUGGUCGCCAAUCGCUUUAGUUGAGCAUCGCAGUGCCGAGUGUGUCGCCGCAUCGCUCUUUGAAACUGGCCGAUGUGCAACAUGCUCUGAGCAAAUCCUGGACUCGCUAAACUGACACAGUGCGUGACUAUUAAUAAUUGUGACACGAGGCCAACACCAAGCAUACGGAUAACCCCUUCUGUCGAUCUUCUGUGCUCGCUACUCCGCACUCUUACCGCACUCGUUCAGUACCUCGCCCAGUUCGUCCACCCGCCGUCAGCUACAAUCAAAACCGAUGCUUCUCUCAGGUUUCCUUCGCUCUUGGCAAUCUGUUGCAUUCAUUUUAGUGUUAUUGCUCUCAUCACUCAUCUCGGUUGACGCAUAUUUUAUAGUGAACCAGCCUGGAUCAUCUACAUCCUGGAAAAACGGCUCUCCUUAUCCGGUCUCAUGGACGCUUGGCUUGCAGGAUGGCUUUGACACAUUCGAUAUUGAGAUAACCCGGCUUAGUCGAGGGGGUAUCUAUUUUGUAGCAAAAGAACUGCCGGUUACUAUGAGUAGCCUCAAUGUUGUUCUUCAAGACGUACCAGCAGGCGACGACUAUUUUCUUAUUUGUAUCAACUCCACCGCUGGCGUUACCUAUUCCGUUUCCUCCCGUUUCUCAGUUGUGGACGCCAAUGCCACAGGGAGCAACCCAAGCCCCGCUUCAGCCCCAACAGUGACCGUUAGUGGGGUACCUAACCCUCUCUCUCAUUUUGCGCAGACAUUCGGGCCUUCCACGAAUGGCGUUCCACACCCGGGAUGGUCCGGCAUCAGGAACCAGAUCACAGCCAUUAGUGUGGCUGUGGGAGCUGCCUUGAUUGGGGGCGUCAUGAUACUCUACUAAUUUCUUCUCGCUUCAUUAUGGAUUAUUCCCUUUUUUAUGGGUGGUCAUUAUUGUAGGCAAUCGACCGGACAUUUCAUUUACAUAAAUACAUUCCUUCGAGAUUUGCACUUCACAGUUCACACUAUCCUAUUCUUGUAGUGAUCGACUUUCUAAUUGUUGAGAUCAUACACCCUAUUGACUGAUAUCGCGCAACAAAAAUGCAAUGCACAUAUAAGUUAUUGGCGCAGUAGCACGUUAUCUCAAAAUACAUCAAAUUCAUUGUGACC